UAACAUCACAACAUCUUUACGUGAUUAUACAAUUAAAUCUGCGAGUGAAAAUCAGACCAUUUUCUCAAAUCAACAAGGUAAAAUCACAGCAUCUUUACGUGAUAAUAGGAAUAUACCUGCGAGUGAGAAUCGGCCCAUUUUCUCGAAUCGUCAACAAGAUAAAAUCACAACAUCUGUACGUGAUAAUAGGAAAAUACAUGCAAGUGAGAAUCGGACCAUUUUCUCGAAUCGUCAACAAGGUAAAAUCACAACAUCUUUACGUGAUAAUAAGAAAAUACCUGUGAGUGAGAAUCGAACCAUUUUCUCGAAUCGUCAACAAG